CGAUUCUACACUCACACCUGAUCAUGAUGCAGAGCGGACACCGCGGCCUGACGCGGUCCCAGCUCAAGACGGUGGCACUCCGCCACGCGACGCUGGGAGGUGGUUUCUCUAACGGUCACUCAAGUGUGGUCUCCAUGAACCCCUCGGCGGAUAUCGCGCUGCCGGACUUGUUCUUCCGGCUCAUGUGUCACGACUGUGAGCUGUACAAGAGCGAAGUCGCCACCAAGACGUUGAAUCCUGUGUGGGCGACUGUGGACCUGCACUCGGACGAUCCAUCGCAGCAGCACGCGUCAAGGUACUUGGCGGAGGACGACAUGGGCUUUGACGUGGUCGUGUAUCGCUUGAUCAACGCCGCUUCGUCGAGCCACAGUUCUUUCUUCCAUCCGCUCGUUGGCGCGAACGACCACAUCACGGUCGAUGAAGGCAUCGACGAAGAGGAUGAAGAGGACGAAUACGAAGACACGUACGACUUGGACCUCGUCCACCCGCAGCAUCCCGUGUCGGAGGAGGACAUGCGAGACAAUGACGACGACAGCGGCGCGGACGACGACGAAGAGUCGUUCUUUGAGGAAGAAGUGUUCCGGUUCCACAUCGACCUGGACGAACUGGAGCCGCUGCAGUGCGACUUUCGCGAGCUGUUUUACUUGCCUCUGAAUACCCUCGUGCUCGAGUUUGCAUCGACGUACUACGUGAGACGGGACGUGAUGAGCAUGCUGGUUCAGAAUGACGUGAUCAAGGCCCGUCGCGUGCCAAGAGGGGAUUUUCCCGCUUUGCUAUCGACGCAACCUCUGCAGUCCGAGUUCCACAUGGCCACUGCCGCCGAUCUCGUGGACUCGACCAUCAACCUGCAUCGUCAGAUCCGACUCGCGCGGGCGGAUGUCGCUGCAAAGCGGCAAUUGGUCGAAGAGCAACUGGCCCUGGAGGCGGCUGCCGAUGCCAAGGAGAAUGCCCGACUCGAAGUACAAGCUCGGAUAUUCGCAUUACGAAAGCAAGCGUUACAAAAGCAACAAACGUUGGACCAAGUAAAAUCGGUGCUCAAGGUAGAAAAGCACAUGCUGUCUGCCGACCAGCGGUUGCCGCGGACGUUGGCGCAGCUGUCCCAUCUGGACGCCAAGCAAGCCGAGAUGAACACUGGCAUUCUCUACCGACGCAUGGACGUCCUGCGGGUCGCGCACAGCAUCCGCGCGUUGCAGGCGACGUUGGUCGUACAAUUGUAUGACAUUUACCCCAUUGCGUACCUCGGGGCGGGCGAGUAUUCCAUCGGGGGCAUCAAAUUUAGCAAUGCCGAUGCUACCAACGGAAAAGACGAAGAGUUGUUGUCUACAGCGCUGGGGUACAUUGCGCACUUUGUAUUUUUGGUGGCCAAGUACUUGAAUGUGAACCUCCGAUAUGCGAUCGUCCAUUUAUCAUCGCGGUCGUAUAUGCGGGACGAUGUGAAUGAUCCUCACGGAGAGUACCCUCUGUAUAAACGAGGCGUGGACAAGGACCGGUUCGACAAGGCGUUUUUGUUUCUGCGCAAAGAUGUCGAGCAGAUGCUGCUGGCGCGCGGACUCGAGUUGGGGCAAAAUACGCAGCUGCUCAUGCGGCUAACGACGCUCGUCGAGUCGGAACUCGAGUGGGUCAAGCACAACGCUUAGUAUAUAGUCGACGAGUACCGAUAGUUGAACCAGAAUAUACUAAUCGAGGUACUAACCGAAGCAACGUAUAUUCUUGGA